AUGGAUAGUAAAAGUGAAGAAAUAAGUUCGAUAUUUGAACGUUUCCGUCAGUAUCUUAUGACAAAUGACAUCGAUCGAUUAUUAAAUGAAUUUAAUCAUUAUCGUACAACGUGGUCAACAAAUAAAUUUCGUAUGUUUCUAACAAAUGCUCUUGUCGUUAUGCGAACAUGGGCCGAACAUCAACCGCAAACAGUUGCAAAUGAUCAAAAUGAAGACUGGGAUGCAGAUGAAACAUCUGCAACCAAUGUAACUAUAGAAGAUACGGUGAAAAAAUCUGCUCAUUAUCUGUUUAUUAAUAUUGUCGAUUAUUUACAAUCAGCUGUUAGAUCAGGACAACCUGAUCGUAUGACAGUCGAUGUUGAAUUUGAUAUGUGGAAAUGUAUUGUGACAAAUAAAUGGACAAUGAAUGAAAAGUUUUAUAUUCAUCUUUAUGAUGAACAAAUAUGUUUACCAAUGCGUUUAGUACGUUCACUUUAUAACGAUAUGUAUAAUUUUUAUAUUUCAACUGAAAAAUGGUCAUCAUCCACAAAAAUUCUGUUAAUCAAAUUAGGCUUUAUUUAUUUAUUAAUUUAUGAUAAUGUAUUUCUUGGUUGUAAUCAUAUUCUAUCAGCACAUAAAAUUUUUACUCUUGAUGAUUAUACUGCUUUAACCAAACAUAGUCAAGCAAAUCCAUUGAAUUAUCAAAUAAAAUUAAUUACAUCAAUGAAUACACCAGAAAAAAUGAAAGUAUUCUUAGAUUAUUAUCCUGAUAUUGAUUUAGCUGAACUAAUAGCGGGUAAUAGUGAACUCUAUCAACAACGAGCACCAUUAACAAUACUUGAUAGACUUCUAAAAAUGGAACCAUUUUACUAUGAAACUAUUGAUCAUGUGCCAUUAGUAGAAAUACCGAAUUUUACAUCGACAAAGCCGAAUGUUCGACCAGCCAAUAUGUUAUAUUUAUUUCAGAAACUUAUUUGCAACGGAGCUAAGCUUUCAAUAAAUCUUGACAGUGCUUAUUAUCAAAAUCAUCGUAUUCCAUUUUUUGUUUCUACACUUGGUUUUUAUCUUCUUUCAACAAUUCGCUAUCGUGAUGUAUUUGUAGUUUUAUGCACCGAUUCAGCAAAUAAUAGUGAUAAUGAUAUUUUUGCAAAUUCAUUGACAGCAAUCAAAACCAACGAACAUCUAAGUACAAAAUAUCUUGAUUUAACUAAUAAUAGUUAUAUUUAUUAUCUUAUAAAACGUGCAUCGACAUUUUCUCCCUUGUUUCGUUCAUUUUUUUUCAAUCAUUUAUAUUUAUCCUGUCCAUUAUUACAUAAAAUUGAAUUUUUCAAUGAGAAAAAUUUAACGCAAAAUGUUCGUCUUCGUUCUUUAUAUGAUCAAAUAUUUGAACAGCGUACAUUUCUUACACUUAAACAACGUUGUCGAUUAUUAAUUAAAGAAUCGAUUAACAACUAUCCAAUAGAUAUUAAAAAUUUAAAGCAAAUACCACCGACACUUCAAUAUUAUUUAUCAUUUGAUUUUUUAAAUCCAAAUUUUGUUCAAAUAACAUUAGAUAAAUUAAAUAAAUCUAAUGCACGAAUAAAACCAUCAUUAUUCGAUGAACUACAAUUUCAUGAACACGGUCUUGCGCAAAUUAAUGGACACAAUGAUUGGGAAGAUCAAAUACCGGAAGACAUAGAUUAUGAUAAUGAACAUGAUGAUAAUGAACCAGAUUAUGACGAUCAUGAUGAAGAUGCCGACCUUUUUGACGAAGAAGGACUUUAUUCAGAUAAUGAUGACGAAGAUGAAUGGUGA